AAAUGAUUAUUCCUACGAUUCUUUUUUUAUCCACAACUGGUCUUGUAUUUCGACUUCAUGGCUCUUCGUCAACGCGGAUACUUUAUUUAAGGGAUCAUACAUCCUGAAACUCCAAUGAAGAAAAAAAUGUGUAAUUCGCUGCCUGCCAAAUGCAGCAGGCAAAGCCGCGCCGUUCAAGAAUCUGCAACAGCGAGGGGAACUGUACAGGUGUGCGGUGCCCCGACCGGCUCGCAAACUUUCCAACAACCGGCUCCACAAAACAGGCACCUCACCAUGGCGCAGCACAGCCACAACCUACUGAAGUUCUUGAAUGAGGAUCGGACGCGGCAGAGGUUCUGUGACGUGACUGUGUCCGUGGGUGGGAAACUAUACGGUGCGCACAAAGUGGUAUUGUCACACGGGAGCAGUUACUUCCACGCUGAGCUAUCCAAGAACCCUGCCAUGACCUAUGUGACUCUGGACCACGUGGAAGACUCGGUUUUCCAGCACCUGCUGGGCUUGUUGUACACUUCGGAGUGCGUCAUCGCGGAGGCAGAUAUCCAGGCUUUAACGGAAGCGGCCCGGUUCUUGGACAUGAUGGAUGUAUUGAAGUUGCUGUAUGAAGAAGAAGAUAACAUCCCUGUAAAUUUAAUCCGAGCUCACGCUGAAUCAAGACUAGUGACUCCCACUCAUUCUACAGAAAGUGAUGUUGACACUCAAAACGCAUCUAUUCAACAGUUUUGUACAGAAAACAACCCGCAGAACCCGAGUCAGACUGAUAGUCCGGUUCAAAGUAAAACAGAAAAGAUGUCUGCUGAUAAGGUGGCUGCCAUGCGGAGAUCUACUCGGAGGAGGAAAGCUCCUACUAAGUACGAGAAGGAUGACAUGGCGGACACCCUUGAGGAAGAGGAGCUAACAAGGGCGCAGGUUGAAGAAAGAUUGGAUGAAGAAGCCGCAGCAGGAACCAAAAUGCCGGUGAACGAAACAAAAUCGUCUCAGGUAGAAGACUUAGUCGGUGAGCAGGAGGACGGGGAGGACGAAGGGGGUCUAAGUGAGGAGGUAGCCGUGCAGAAGAAAGCCACUGAGCCCUGUGGGGAAAGCGAGAGGACAGCGCAGCCGACCACCAGUGAGGUCGGAGUGAAAACGCCAGCAGCACGAAGUUCCAGCCAAAGUCCAGUGUACCCUGAAGGUCUGGCUCCUGUCAUCAUCCACACCGCCAGCAAGAAGACUCUCAUGUGCCCCAAAUGUGACAAGAGCUUCGACCGAGCAGGGAAGUACGAGAGUCACACCAGAGUGCACACGGGGGAGAAACCCUUCCAGUGUGACGUCUGUCUCCAGUGCUACUCCACCAAGUCCAACUUGACCGUUCACAAAAAGAAACACGCCAGCGACGCGCCCUUCCAGAAGAAAGAACACAAGUGUCCUUUUUGUAAUAAACUCCACGCCAGCAAGAAAACGCUGGCGAAGCACGUCAGGAGGUUCCACCCAGACCAUCUCCAAGAGUUUCUCAGCAAGAGGAAGAAGAAAAGUGAAGGCUGGAAGUGUGCUAUUUGUAUGAAGACUUUUUCCCGCAGGCCUCACUUGCAGGAACACAUGAUCCUGCACACACAAGACCGGCCAUUCAAAUGCUCUUUCUGUGACGAGCACUUCAAGUCCAGGUUUGCCAGGCUUAAGCACCAUGAAAAGUUCCACUUAGGACCUUUUCCGUGUGAGUUCUGCGGCCGACAGUUCAACGACACCGGCAACAGAAAGAGGCACAUCGAAUGCACGCAUGAAGGGAAGCGAAAGUGGACAUGCUUUGUUUGUGGCAAAGCAGUAAGGGAAAGGACAACCUUGAAGGAGCACAUGCGCAUCCACAGCGGCGAGAAGCCUCACUUGUGUAGCAUCUGUGGACAGAGUUUCCGCCAUGGCAGCUCCUAUAGGCUUCACCUGAGAGUCCACCAUGAUGACAAGCGCUACGAGUGUGAUCAAUGUGGGAAGACUUUCAUACGCCAUGAUCACCUGACCAAACAUCAGAAAAUUCACUCUGGUGAAAAAGCUCAUCAGUGUGAAGAAUGUGGGAAGUGUUUCAGGCGCAACGACCACUUAACAGUCCACUACAAAAGCGUGCACUUGGGGGAGAAAGUGUGGCAGAAGUAUAAAACGGCCAUGCAUCAGUGUGAGGUUUGCAAGAAAGAAUUUAAAGGAAAGUCCAGUCUCGAAAUGCACUUCAGGACCCACUCAGGUGAGAAGCCCUUCAGAUGUCCAGAGUGCCCCCAGACCUUUCGGAUCAAGAAGACCUUGACAAAGCACAUGGUCAUCCACUCUGACGACCGUCCUUUCAACUGCCAACACUGCAACGCCACCUUUAAAAGGAAAGACAAGCUCAAGUACCACGUGGACCACGUGCACUGUAACCGCUCGCCCGAGCAGCCCCUCGGAACGCCCGGCCAGGUCAAGACGGGCCCGGAUCCUUUUAGUGCAGAGCCAAAGUCAACGGUGCAUUCCGGCGACGCACCUACCAACGUGUGCGCCGCUGUCACCUUAGUCCCCGUCCAGAUGGCAGGUGGCGAACUGGACGCUCACAGGACCGCCGCUCAGACGCACGGCAUCGACAGCAUGCAGCCUGAAGCGCAGCAGCAGCAGCAGCAGCAGCAGAACUCCGCCUACCAGUCCGCCACAGAGCUGGCCUUUUUAGAGAAGUACACCAUCGCACCACAGUCCGCCAACAUUGUUCACCCCAUGAGGCCCGAUCAGAUGCUAGAUGCCCGAGAGCAGUCGUACUUAGGAACGCUGCUCGGUUUGGAGUCUACUUCCUCCAUGGAGGACGUUGUUAGAGUUACAAUUACUUAAACAAUAUGGCCGUAUUUUCCAUUUGACCAUAUGCUAAUUUUUUCCUAUACAAGUCGCAGUUAUAUACAUUGUGAAAUUAGUUAUUUGCACAGAAAUAUUUUUUAAACAUUUAUUUACAUACCUUCAUUGUUUCCAAACAAUGUCUGUGACACGCAUACUUGCCAACCCUCCCGAUUUUCCCGAGAGACUCCAGAAUUCCAUUGCCCCUCCCGAAAAUCUCCCGGGGCAACCAUUCUCCCGAAUUUCUCCCAAUUUCCACCCGGACAUCAAUAUUGGGGGCGUGCCUUUAGCGUCCUCUACAACCUGUCGUCACGUCCGCUUUUCCUCCAUACAAACAGCAUGCCGGCCCAGUCACAUAAUAUAUGCGGCUUUCACACACACAUAAGUGAAUGCAAGGCAUACUUGAUCAACAGCCAUACAGGUCACACCGAGGGUGGCCGUAUAAACGACUUUAACACUGUUACAAAUAUGCGCCACACUGUGAAC